UUCAAACGCGCAAAUAUGAUUCGUUUGUGCUUAUCGCCAAUUCAUUUACACUCCGCCCGAUUUGUACCCACGGUCCUGAAAAAGCAUCAACACUCAACCAAUCCCACUUGUUAAAUUGGAAGGAUUAAGAUAUACAGUGCUGCUGGAGAUUUGAUAUGACAGUUUACAUCUGCAGAAUUCGGUUAAAGUAAAAUAGACUUUAAUUUUUUUUCGAUAAACGAAUAUAGUUCUUUUGAAAAAUUUCUAUUCAUUUCUCUAUGAUACUCCCGCUUCUAUUGACUAGUUUGGUCUCUUUGGGAUAUAUUCCGGUGGUUUUAUCGAGAAUUAUACCAAACGUAGUCGAUGUGGAUGCCAGUGAUGUUGAAAACCGGCUUGUGUAUAACGACAUGUACGAAUACAUGGCGAAUCAAGAACUUUUGGAUGUUCGAAUACACGAAUACAAAACGAACGAAAUCGACAGCGAAUCUUUCGUAAACAGUUUCAAGGAUGAAAUUGAGCAAUCUUAUGUAGUGGUGGAGACCAAGACCACCAGAAGUCGCAGAGGGAAGCGAAAUUACAAAACUUAUCACACGCUCUGUCACUUCAAGAUCUGCCCUAUGGGCAAAAGGAGGCGUGUUUUGUAGCUAAGGGCCAGAAAAAUGCCGUUAAUGAUGACAAUAUUUUUAAGAUAUUUACGCUUUAUCCGCAACUAUAUGUUUUCUUUUUUUUAGCAUAAUUAACCAAUUGUUUCAAACGAAUACAACAGGGUAUAAAAGUACAAAACAAUUAUUAAAACAAAUAAAAUUCAGAAAUGUAUGUUAUAAAAGAUUGUACCUAUACACAGUGGAGAAUCUAGAUUUCUUUUGGAGAUUCUUUUUGUACCAAAAUCAUAAUUUUAUCGAGUUUCAAAAACGACUCGCCCUAAAAACAACAUCAUAGGUGGCUCAAAGUGGGAUCUGGGCCAUAGAGCCGCCACAGCCUAUAUACAGAGAUUAUUUCAUUUAUUAAAGUUCGACGAUUAUUCUUUAAAGUUUGACGAUUGAUUUUUUCAAAACUAGUAGCUUUUUUCUUUUAUUAUAUUCAAUAAGAUAGAAUUAUAGUUAUCGAUAAUUAUAAGUUAAAAAUGAAUUAAUAAGCAGGUCUAUUAUGAGUCUUUUACACAUACUGUACUGAGGCAGCUUAAAUAUCAAACGUUCGACAUUAUUGUAAAGCUGUAUUGAGUUGUUAUUUUUUGAAAUCAUUUUAUUUAUUUGUUAAUUAUGUUUUACGUAUAUAACUCAUUAUAAAACAUGGUUACCUAUAUAUAUUUUGAAAAUAAUAAUAAAAACAUUUUAAGUACAUAUAUACUUAACCUACGUAUGUAAAAUGUAGAAUUGAAAAACGUAUGUUUAAGUAUUUAGUUAGAUAAUAUAUUUAUUUGUUGUAAUUAUAUGAAAAUCUUAAUAUAGUUAUUGUAAAUAUUAAAAUAAA